UUUAGUUAGAUUGAUGAAGUACAACAUUAAUCAUCGAUCAUAAUUCGUUAAUUUUAUAAGAUAUUUGAAAAAAAAUAAAAUUCAAUUCCGUGAAACCGUGAAUUUUGAUAUAAUUUUGACUUCUUUCUUUUUCUUCUUUUUUUUUUUUCUUUUUUGUAUAAAUAAAAACGAAUAAAAGUUGACAGUAAGAAGAUUGGAAAGUUUAAAGUAAUACCGAAGAAAUAUUAAAAAUUAAAAAAGGGGGAAAAAAUAUUCGAUUCGAUCUUUUAAUCAAAACAAUUGAAUUGAUUUUAUCAGUAAAUAUUGCAAUCUUAUGUGAUUUUUCUAAAAAUUUAAUUGGAGUGUUAAAUCAUGGCUACAUUAAUAAGAAGAGUAUACGACGGCUAUCGUCAUAUUAAUGAAAACCUGUCAGAUCCUCGGACGCAAGACUACUUCCUCAUGGAAUCACCAUGGGGUUUUCUCGGUAUAAUAAUUUUUUACUUGUAUUUUGUGUACGAAUUGGGACCCAAUAUCAUGGCAAGGAGGAAACCAUUCAAUCUGGAUAAAAUUUUACAGAUAUAUAAUCUGAUUCAGAUAGUAUCGUGCUCAUUCUUAUUUUAUAAGGCAUUGGUUUUAGCCUGGCUAAACGAUUAUAAUUUCUAUUGUCAACCAGUUGAUUAUUCGUACGAUCCUCGCGCAAUAGAGAUAACCAGGGCAGUUUGGUUUUACUUCAUAAUAAAAGUUUUCGAUUUGCUCGAUACGGUCUUCUUUGUCCUCCGGAAAAAACAACAACAAGUAUCGUUCCUUCACGUCUAUCAUCACACAGGAAUGAUUUUUGGCACGUGGGUAUGCACUAAAUUCCUGCCUGGAGGCCACGUCACCUUAGUAGGUACGAUAAAUAGUUUCGUUCACGUGGUUAUGUACACCUACUAUCUGAUCACUUCGCUUCAAUUAAGUAAACCAUGGUGGAAGAAAUACGUGACCCAAUUACAACUCACUCAAUUUUGUAUAAUACUGGUACACUUUAUAUCGCUGGCGUGGGUCGAGGAUUGCGGUUUCCCGAAGUGGGUAGCUGCGAUAAUGAUUCCCCAAAAUCUCUUCAUGAUCGUGCUAUUCGGCGAUUUCUAUUACAAAGCGUACGUAAAAAAGAGUAAGAGCAGCAGGAACGGUAUUACACACGAGAACGAGAAGUUGAAAAAUCAAUAAAAGAAAUUUUGUUUGCUUGUGCGUCAUUUUCAACGUCAUUGUUCAAUCUGUGACACAACGAGGGGCUACAUACACGGAAAUCAAUUCAUCAUUAUUACAAUUUAGACUUUUUACAUUACCGUCCAUCAUUGUUUGGCGAUAAUUUUUAUUGAAAUAUAUACAAAAGGAAUGAAACGAGGAAUAUAUUUUUAGGUUAGGCGAUUUAUAUAUAUUUUCGUAUUAAAUCAUAUAUUGAAAAUUUGCAGAAAAUAUAAAGUAUGGAAGACAAUUUUUUUUCUCUCUCUGAUACCUAAGAACAUGAAUAUAAUAAUAAUAAAAAAAAAAGAAAAA